CUUCCAGAGCGCAUGAACUGAUCUGAAAGCGCUACGCGUUAUAGUGAGGUCUUGCUGGGAAACUGCCCGGAAACUUACCCGACAUCUCCGAUAAAAUCUCGGAUUACGACGUAACGGAGAUAUAUGCAAACAUCGGAGGUUUGGAAGUUGUGGGAUUUUGAGAAGAGAAAGGCGUUUGAAUGCGAUUUUUACUUAUUUUGUGGCGUUAAGUGAGUCCUAUAAACUUUAUAACGGACUUGAUUAUUCGUGUUCAUACGCGUUUAAACGGUCAACGAGAUCCAACGGUUAACGUAUAUACGAUUUCUUGUUACAGUUUUAUUUUAACGACGUUUUACCUGACAAAAAUGAACAUAUAUAGUGGAUCACACGCAAGUAACGUUAGCUGGGAACUGAACGACUCCGUUAAAUCAUUUAAAAUGUAAUGGCCUCAAUUGAGGUUUAUAUUGAUAGAAAAUCUAUACGAUUUCAUGUGGAAUUAUAUUAACAAUUUAAAGCAACUGUGAUAAAGUCGAUUAGUUGUUAAAAUGUAUCCAAAAAGCCUAUGACAUGGCAUAGGGGUUGACUAAUGUAUUUGUGGUAACCCUUCGUGCGUCAUUAUUCUCAUAUCCUAUUUAAAAGCUUUAAUAAAAAGCCCAAGCCAUGGCUCCUACAAUGCGGGAUACAACUUUAAAUUUCAGUGUUUUACACAGGACUUGUUCUCUGGUGGUGCUGCUGUGUUUCCUGCACAUUUUUGUUACAGUGAUAUAUUACGUUAGAAACUCCGAUUCAAAACAAACAUUCGUACAAAACCAGCAAACCCCACAGAUCCACAGAAAACUGACCGAGCAGAAGGUCACUACAGAUGAACCCAGAGCACCACCGGCUAAUGCACCUUCUAAUGUGACAGAAAAGAAACUGGAAACAUGUCCUGACAACCCACCUCGACUGGUUGGACCACUCCGGGUUGAGUUUUCUGACCCUGUCACCCUUGAGCUGGUGAAAAGUCAAAACCCAGAAUUGCAGCUCGGCGGACGGUUUAAACCUAAAGACUGUAUCGCCCAUCAGAAGGUGGCCAUGAUCAUCCCCUUUAGGAACCGUGAUGAACACCUAAAAUUUUGGCUCUAUUACCUGCACCCCAUCCUACAGCGCCAGCAGCUAGAUUACGGCGUCUACGUCAUCAAUCAGGAAGGCGAUGGGAUAUUCAACCGUGCCAAACUCCUCAACAUAGGUUACGCGGAGGCCCUGAAGGAGUACGACUACGACUGCUUUGUCUUUAGCGAUGUCGACCUCAUUCCCAUGGAUGACCGAAACAUCUACAAGUGCUUCAGUCAGCCCAGACACCUGUCUGUAUCUAUGGACAAGUUCGGCUUCAGGUUACCGUACACGCAGUACUUUGGUGGUGUGUCGUCUCUUAGCAAAACCCAGUAUCUCAAGAUCAACGGCUUUCCAAACAACUACUGGGGCUGGGGUGGAGAAGAUGACGACAUAUUCAACAGGAUCAGCUCCAAAGGGAUGUCCAUAUCAAGGCCCGACGGGAUGAUCGGCAGGUGCAGAAUGAUUCGUCACGAGAGAGACAAACAAAAUGACCCAAAUCCUCAGAGGUUUGACCGAAUAGCUCACACAAGGCAAACAAUGGCAGGAGAUGGGAUCAAUUCACUAAAAUAUAAAGUUGUUGAAGUGGAUAAAGACCAGCUAUUCACAAAAAUCACAGUGAAUGUUGGGAAUCCGUGAUUCCUGCGGUCCGACUCAACAACACUGCAGCAGCAACACUGGCUGUAAAAACCAAACCAAAUGUGCCUUGAUAUAUUAGAGACGAUCUUCAAAUGCUAUAUUUCUAAAAAGACUUAAUUUUUACCAUCUUUGCACAUGUGAUGGUGAAAACGGGGAUUGAAACUUUAUUCCUAGAGAAUCAAAACUAUUCAGCAGCAAAGAAGAGAUGGUUUCCAGUUCGACCACUCGUUUGUCUCGGACGCUUCCGCCGGGAGAAAAGAUCUCUUGAGCCGUUUGACUGUGAUGUAAAUCGCUGACGAAAAUGUCCCGGUUUUGGGACGUGUGAAGAUUGUGGGUUGAUGUGUGUGGAAUUAAUUUUGUUGUUUUGGAAUCAUGAGUGUGUGUUUGAAGGGAAAUAUUUGAUGGAUUAAUCUGCGAAGUAAGCAAAUCCAACAAAAAUAAGGCUGUUGAUCAUGUGUACACUUUAAAAAAUGCUGGGUUAUUUUCAACCCAUUGAGUUGUAACUUAUUCUGGGUUGUUUCAAUUAAAAAAGUUGGGUUGUUUUAACUCAUUAUUGGGUAAACAUUAAUUUAUCCCAAAAGGUUUUUUACCUUUUAUACCCAACACUUUUUAAAGUGUAUACCAGGCGUUUUUGUGAUCGGGUAUAUGUUUUCAAAUUGCAUUUCUCUUUUCUAAUUGUUGUAGCAGGUAUGUGUGAUUAAAGAGCCUUAAAUGACAUCUCUCUUGUUUGGGAUGAGAUGUCUGAAUGUAUUGGCUUUAAUAUUUUCUUCUUCCAAGUGCUUGAUGUGUAGUGGACCAAUAAGUGGCACCUGUGCAUAAAUGACAUUUGAUUUCUCCUUUCUGUUUGUUUUUGAAUUAUCACAAUGCACAAUGAAACUUACAGAUGUAUGCAGAAUGAAACUUACAGAUGUAAAGCCACAAUCACAUUCACGCUCUACUGGAAUGACAACAUGAAGCCAUUGACAACUUUUGUUAAUGUAUUUUUCUUCUUUGUGUUCAAUGUUUGUCAAACCUUUCAGUUGAAACCAAAAAGGCUUUUUAUCUCUGUCAGGGGACAAACGUAUGUCAGCUGUUUGCUCAAGUGCUUUUCAAGAUGGCUGCCGGUCCGUACACAAUGUACUGAAUGUUUAAGUCACGGCAGCCAAACGUGAGGAAUUUUUCUUUCCGUGCCGACCAACCCAAAAGGCCCAUAGAUUUUCUUUCCAGCUUAAAGUCUCUCAUGUCUUAUAAAAUCCUUUGCAAUGGGAAAGAAAACUACCUCUCCACACGGCACAACGCCUACAGAGAAAAGGGAUUAGCGGCUAUUUACUCAAAUAAAGUCAAACCGAAAUGUUUAGGCAAAUAAACUUAAACGGCUUUAUUCUUGGUCAGUCAAUGCGAGGUUUAAAUCUCUUUGGACAAUGGUCUUUAUUUGAGAGCCAGCUUAAUUAACUUUAAGGUUUAAAGUUUGUUUGUUUUUCUGAUUUUACAGCACAAACUGCUUUUCUCUGUUUUGCCGCCUCUCUUGUCUGAUUUCCUAAAUGUAAUGCAAUGAAAAUCAAACUAAUCUGAAAGAAUUAAAUUGUGUUUCAUGUG